AUGUCUGUUGUCGGAUACUUAAAUCUAUUGCAUCAGUGUAGCAAGGAAAUCAAUUGGCAAUCUGAACAUGAGUGGCUGAUACUUAUUUACAAACGUUUUAUUCCUGAUGGCUCGGAAGACGAGAUCACAGACGUUAAUUCGUUGUUCGCUAAACUGGAGGAGAAAAGUCUUCUUGGAAUUGAUCGUCUUGAUAUAUUAAAGGAUCUGCUAUUAGGGAUUAGAAAAUGGGAUCUUCUUCGAAUGGUAGACGAAUUUGAAGUUAAGAGAAAGGACUACAAACAGUUUCUGGAGAAGAUAAGUCGUGCACUCGAUGAGUCCAAUGAACUGCAACGACUUAUUUUAAUCUGCAAAAGACAAAAUCUGAUAGCUCACGAAAGAGAGGAACACAUUGCAAAUGUCAAUGCACUGUUCACAAAGCUGGAAGAACAGAACAAUCUGGGAAUAGGAAACCUUAGUAUCCUGAGAACCCUAGCAACUGAAGUGGGGAAACCAGAUUUGUGCAGACUUGUGGAUGACUUCGAGGAGAAGAGAAAACAAGAAGACGAUGCCGAGAGGAAAAGGAAAGAGUGGGAGGACUACAAACUAAGAGCACGAGGUAAGCAAUAGUUUCCAACUGGAUUCCUUCUUUCGAAACACUUUUGAACUUCCUCGACCAAACGUUUACUCCUUGAAAUCGCCGAACAUCGUCAAUCAAAUUUAGGUUCCUUAUUGUUGUGUUAAUUGCCAGACCUCAGUGUAAUGUCAGUUCAACCGAUUGUCUGAGAAUGUAUUGAGAACUUUAAAAAUCAGAAACUAAGCUGACGAAGAUGACAUGCAGGACUAUAUUGUCAAUACGAGUUAGUCGUCACUUUUACUUGCCUGGAUGGAAACCAAGUUUAGACGCUCAGCCAAAAUGCUACGGCUACGUUGCCGGUUGCGAGGCGAGUGUUUCCCUACUCGAUAUUCCUGAGAUUUUACAAAGGUUUCUGCUUAAUUUUAAGCUCAUAGUGUGCAUAGAUGUGCGAACCUUUUUUAUUAUUUUAUUUUUGAUGUUAUCGAAGAGGGCACAAUUAACUCCUUCUUGAAGGUAGAUUAGAGUGCUAGUAAGACAUGUUUAGACAAUAUUUUGGGCGAAUAAACAUUAAUUUCGUGCCCAGGCCCUCCACUGUGUUCUUUUCAAAAACCGCGAGACGCUGGUUAGAGUUAAAGGAGAAUUUUGCAUGUAAGGUUUACAACCUCAGUGCAAAUACAUAUAGCAACUAACUAGUAUACGCGGGAUGAGACUCCACGGAGUAAACAAAUGCUUGAAAUAUGUCUUCAACUGCGUUAAAAACUCGUCUGUGCCUAAAUCUUACCGGUUAGAGGUACGCCCGAGGAGCACCAGUGACGAGAUUCCGAGACAGGUGAUUAUCGGAAAUUGUCGGCUAUAAGGCGGACUACAACAGCACCACCAUUUGCGAUUUAACAACAGUCAAGCGACGUGAUUGAACCAGACAUGAACAUUAUAACAAGCUUUACAUAUGAAGAAUACAUUCUUGAGUUUAAAUCAAGGAAAUUUCGCUAAAUUUUGUAUGGCUGUUUCCUUCACGCUCGUCGAUCUUAAGUUUCUUGUUUAGCAGAGUUUUAGCUUAACACUGUAGCCACUAAGACCUGCGUUUGCAAAGGUAAACGAAACUUAUGAAUCGUAUGGACAUUGUAAUGCCCUUGUCAUAGUGCUACUGGUUAGAAAGAUCUCCAAGAUGAAGUUUGUAUUUUCUUUUACCUCUAGCCGGUAGGAUCUUAGGAUACUUAGAAAAUACAACCGGCUAGAGGUACAGCUUGCAUAUUUAGUCGACUUUGCACAAUUUUUAAUACGGUUUGCUUCACAUUUUACUUUUCUGCACUCCAAAUUAGUCUGACACUGCUUUGAAUCAUUUUUUUCAAGAAUAAGUAUAAUUUUACUUAUUUUUAUUUGGUCCUUUAGCUCUAGCCGGUAGAAUCUUAGGGGACUUAGAACAUACUACUGGCUAGAGGUACAGCAUGCAUACUCAGUGGACUUUGCCCAAUUUUUUUUUAUGGUUUGCUCCAUAUUUUACUUUUCUGCACUCCAAGUUGUGGUCUUACACUCUCUGGAAUCAUUUUUUUCUUUUGUCUGGUCUUGUACCUCUAGCUGGUAGGAUCUUAGGAGGCCUAGAAAAGACUACCAGCUAGUGGUACAGUUUGCAUAUUUAGUCAAAUUUGCCCAAUUUUUACUGCGGUUUGAUCAUUUUACUUUUCUGUCCUCCAAACUAGUCUUACACUCCUUGGAAUCACUUUUUUCAUGGAAACAUUUGCAUUUUUAUCUCUCUUAUUUAGUCUAUAACUUCUAGGAUCUUAGGAGGCAUAGAAAAUACUUGAAGUACAGCUUGCACAUUUAAUUGAUUUUGCCCAAUUUUUUUUUCAGUCUGCUCUGCAUUUUACUUUUUGGCAUUCCAUUUUAGUUUUAUACUACAUUGGAAUCAUUUUUUCUCGGAAUAUCUUCUUGUUCCUCGGUCAUGUACCUACCACUGCUUAUUUGAUAACACAGCAUACAAGUUGUGAGCAUGAAAUGGCUCUUAAUGGGGAAUCAGCUGAAACUAAAGCAGGCAUUAUUUGGCAAUGAGCAAAGAGUUUCUGGUUGGUGUUCAAAUAAGAAAGGUUUGAUUUCUUUUUAAUAACAGCAAUUUUUAUUAAAAAAUACAAUAAAUGACACAGGCACAUCUCAUUUAAAUAAUUGUACAAUUUCUGUAGAUGUAGAUGACCAUUCUAUAUUUUCAAGAAUAACUUGCAUACAUGCUGUUAAACAUCAUUGAAAAUACAAAGAGAAAAUGUCAAUUUGGUGAAUUAAAAUCAUGUUAUCCUAUGACUACCUAAAGAUGACUUGAUUUUAAUAUUUCAGACAAUGAUUGGCCUUGUCAACAAUACUUCUGAUCAAACAUAAAUAUCAUGAAAAUAGAGACCGUUCCUUUCUAAGAAUUCCAUGCACUCAUACUUAGGUAGAGUAUUACAUGAUGAAUUUCAAUAAAUCUGGUUGACAUGUUCACUGAAGCCUAAAAUGAAUUUCAAGUCAAAUUCUUCUAAAACUGGUUAUAUUUGUAUAUAUUGAGAUAAAUCCACAUCCAAAGAAAAUACAAAUCAGGCUGGUUCAAAAUUUAUUCACUUUAAAUUCAUUUAAAACAUAACAAUGUUAAUGAUUUCAAGCUUACUUCACACACGUAAGCUGCCCCUUUGGCUUGUGGUGUUUUCUGAGUAAUCCAACAUCUUACUACCCAGAUGAACAGGACUGCAAAGUAUGAAAAUAUACCUAUGGAGUGACUCCACAACAGUUUAAGACUACCAUGAAAUAUACAAAGGUUUGUCCAUAAAUCAAGAAGUAAAUGAAAUGAGCUAAAUUCACCAUAAAUACACGAAUUACCUCUAGCCUGUAGUAUUUUCUAAACCACCUAAGAUUAUACUGGCUAAAAGUAAACGACUAAGAAACAGGAGGAUAUUCAUGAAAAAAGUGAUUCUAAUGUAGUGUUAGACUAAAUGGAAUGCCAAAAAGUAAAAUUCAGAGCAAACUGUAAUAAAAAUUGGGCAAAGUCGAUUAAAUAUGCAAGCUGUACCUUAAGCUUGUAGUCUUUACUAAGCCUCUCAAAACCCUACCAGUUGGAGCGGGUACAAGACCAAAUAAAAAAUAUAAAUGUAAAUGUACUCUUGUAAAAAGUGAUUCCAAGGAGUGUAAGACUACAACUUGGAGUGCAGAAAAGUAAAAUGUGUAGCAAACCACAAUAAAAAUUGGGGCAAAGUCCACUGGUAGUUACUAAAACAAGGAAUGACCUAAAAUGCCCUAAAAUAACCUAAAAUGACCUUGAGUGAUUUCUAAAAUGACCUAAAAUAACCUAAUAUGACCUUGAGUGAUGUGAACAAUGCGACGUCUAUGUCGGACCGGACCGUAUCGGAUCGGAUCGGAUCGGAUCGGAUCGCUCAUCUCGGUUUGCGAUAUUCGAUCCUCUAAUUGGUUCAAACAGGAGAAUCAUUGUAUUAGGAAGUGUACCAUGAAACAAAUUUGCGCUCCCUGAUUGGUUAACUUAAAGCAAGUUUGUUAGGUGGCCACUGUGAGGUGCAUCAUCCUGUAAGAUUAGGACAGAAUCUUAUAAGACUUUAGGCUUGUAUUUUAUUAUUAUAAUAUUUAUAUAUAUUUUACAAUUCUUCGAUGUUUUAUAAGAGACACAACCCAAACAUUUUUCUUCACAGUUGCUAGUUUUGUUGAUAGUUUGUUAAGAGUGUAAUAUCCAUUGAGGACAGGAUAUAGAAUUCAUGUGGAGAGUACGUUAAGUACCGGUAUUUAUUUGAUAGUCUAAUGUAUUAAAUAUAUGCAAAGAAUGCAAAACUGUGGUUCCUGUUUCCAUGUUCUGAAGGCUCUUGAUAUCUCAAACACUUUAAGAAAAAAUUUUUAAAAUAGCUGGAGUUCAAGGUAACCACAAAUAAGUUUCUUUUGAAAGUAGUAAGAGGUUUUAGGUAUCAGUGAGUAAGCUCUGUUUUGAAGAAAACCUUAAACACAGAAAUAAGAAGUAGCCUCUCUCAAUAUCUUUGGCUUUUUGAGCAAUGAGAUUGACUAGUGGUACAUUUUGACCUCAGGACUGAGCAUUAUAUUUCCUCCCCCCAUUCCAUAAGCAUGCAUGCACCACUCGGUACGUCCUAAAGGCAAAAGCUGUGCCAUAGAAUUCCCGUAGUUUGUGGGGGGAUGCAUUGAUCAUAUGGUAUUGAUAUGGGACUGUAAUCAGAAGUGAACUCGAUCAUUACUACAUGAUAUGGGAAUUGUAUGGAACUUUUAGAAAUUCAUAGCAUUCUCAUAUCAGAUGUUACAGUAUCAACGAAUGAUAUGGGAAUUGGAUGAGACUUUACAAAACAUGUAACAUUCCUACAUCAGAUGCUAGUAUGCGUGGAUGAUGAUGAUGAAUGGGAAUUACAUGGAACUGUGCUAGAAGGGCCAGGGAUCAUAUGGAAAUGGUAUGGGGCUGAUCCAUAUCAUUCCCAUACCAGAUACUCUGGGGAAUCUAUGGAACUGUGCCAAAUACUUGGCAAUCCCAUAGUUAAAGACAAUAGGAUCAAAACUGAAUGAAGACAGUGGCAUAUAUGGUUUUGAUAUGGAAGCAAUAGCCCAUACUACAGCCAUAUACUACCCAUAUAUGGGCCAUAGUCUAUGCCAUACCAUUUCCAUACUUGGACCAUAUAUGGCCCAUAUGACCAGGUUUAGUAAGGGUACCAAAGUCCACUAAAUAUGCUGUACCUCUAGCCUGUAGUAUUUUAAAGUCCCCUUCAGAUCCUACCAGCUGGUACAAGACGAAAUAAAAAUAAAGGAAUGUACACGAAUUCUUAAAAAAAAGUGUGUUAGACUAAUUUGGAGUGCAGAAAAAGUGAAAUGUGAAGCAAACCGUGAUAACAAGUUGAGAAAAUAUGUAAGCUGUACAUCUAGCCAGUAGUAUUUUCUAAGUUUCCUAAGAUCCUACCGGCUAGAAGUACGAGAAAUACAAAUUUCAUCUUGGGGAUCUUCCUAACCAGUAGUCUUAUGACAAGGUUAUUAGAAUGGCGAUAUUAUUCAUGAAUUUCGUUUGCCUUUGCAAGUGCAGGUCUUAGCAGCUACAGUGUUGAGCUAAAACUCUGCUUAACAAGAAACUUAAGGUCGACGAGCGCGAAGGAAACAGCGAUACAAAAUUUAGCGAAAUUUCCUUGAUUUGAACUCAACAAUGUAUUCUUCACAUGUAAAGCAUGAAAUAAUGUUCAUGUCUGGUUCAUCGCUUGACUGUUGGUAAAUGGUGUUACUGGAAUAGUCCGCCAUAUUGCAAUAGCCGACAAUUUCCGAUAAUCACCGGACUCGGAAACUAGUGCUCCUCGGGCGUACCUCUAGCCGGUAGGAUUGAGUCAUAACCUGCUAUUUUAAAAAUACCUUGGUAACCUGGUCACCCUGGAAAAAACGCUGCUGCAGUAACGAAGCCGGUCAAACACUGUGCAUACAAGAGAGUUUGAAAACAAUAGGAGAGAUUUCCGAACGCGUGUGUAGGGUAAAGUAUGAAAAAGAGGAUUAUAUUCCUAACUAUUCCAAUGCGUAAGACAAAUGAAAAAAGGAUUUUAGAGAAAGAUUAAUUUAAAAAUCUUGGCUUUAUUUUAUAUGAGAUAUCCCAACUGUUUUUAAAGCAGAUGCUUCGUUUCGGUGGUAAAAGAAAGUGACAGAACCUUUCUUCUACCUUUAAUUGCCGCACAGUCUACUGUCCGUUAUAAACAUAGACCUUUGAUCGUUACAUUUCCCUCGGUUUUUACCGACAACUCCACCAUGAACACAACGAAGAAUAACUACAGCCAGCACGUCCAAGUCCAGAUCAACAAUUUGUAUUAGUCAUAGCCCCAGAAACGUCGAACUUUCCAUGGAAACUGCGGAAAACUACGUUUUACUUUGAUAGGAAGUUAUCUAUCGUAGAGCGCAGUGCAGUCAUGUGACCGCUGUAUUUGCUGUUGUAGUUGAGUAGAGAAAAGCUUUUUAGUUGCUUCUAUUCCUUGAAACAGGUCUGCAAGAGAUACAAAGAUUUAGGUUUUACCUCUUUACUGAUCAGUUCAUCCUUUACAUCUGAAAAUCAGCUUAUAUAUUCUCCAUACUGUUCUUUAUACAUUUGCUCUGUCACUGACAAAAGAGAAUUUAGUCAACAAUCAAGGGCUUAUUAAGUUUGCGAAUCCGUGGGCCUGAUGUUUGAUUCAGCAGUACUACCUUAGUAAGACAUUAGAUCCUGUAGUCAUCCUCAGGGGUUAUAUAGUUAAUUUACCAGUGAUCAGAUGGCCCUGCUGGUCGUAAAUGUAAGCCAGGUACGUGAAAAGUCUGCAGUGAGAAGUAUUUCAUAGAUUAAUGUUCACGAUUUCUCUCCCAGAUAAUUAUUGAUUCAAUAAUCGAUUUAUUAAACAUUCCAGCUCAAGCUACUUCUGUUCUUGUUGGUGGAAUGACAAUUGGGGAAAGAUUAAUUGGAGGUAAGAGAAUGCGUUAAUUUAUGUGCCUGAGUGACAAAGCCAAAUUGUAUGGAACCUGAAACCUGAGACAGCUAAACCCGCUACACAAUGCGUUUAGGAGACUCACGCUGCUAGAGUCGUUGCGUGGUUAUUGCAUACUUAAGACCAACAUCGUCACCCUCACCAGAAAAUUACAUGCAAGGAUGGGAACCAACAUAUAAAUUUGCUCCAUAUCUGGUAAAUAAACAUAGAAAUUGCUGAGUCUGGACAAUAAUUGUUAAAGUGCAGUCCUUGGAAAACUCUUUUUCAUUUUUUUUUCUGUGAUCGAAAAAGAAUACCUUAUGUUUAUAGUCCAUCCAUGUCUCUUUAUUCAUAGGCUUCCUUGUCGUCUGUCCCAGUGACGUAUAACUUUCGAAGAUAACAAUCCACUCAAAUGUAGUCUUUGUUAGGCUCUCAGGUGCUGGAGAUAAGUAAAGACGCGAGAAAGCGAAUUACACGAGGAGUUUGUGAAGGAGUGCUAUCCUUAGCCAACUCUCCCCCAACGUUUAUUUCUUUGCUUAGCCCCACUUUUUCGGUCAACUCCACAAGCGUUAAGUAAACUAUAUGAUUGCUACAUUUUUUAAAGUUGUCACGCCUCACUGUACUUUCCGCAAUGUUACUGGUGGUGCUGUGGCCGUCACUACAUGGAUGGUCCUUCGCAGGAGUCCCAGUAUGGAAGCAUUUGUCAAUGCUUUCAAAGAGGCUGUUCUUCCAUUUGGAAACUACUUGCGUGCAAUUAGUGAAGGAUCGAUCCGGUUUACGCUUCAAGCAGAAAAUAAUUUCGCUCUUGACGCACUAUGGCAAAGUUAUCAGGAUGAAACGCUACUGAAAAAUUUACAAGAGUUUCUCGUUACUGAGGAAAUAGAGCAGCUGGCAGGUGGUGAAGUGACAUUGACUGUGUACAUCGACGAAGAUGAAUACAGAAAUGCUAUGUGGGAUUUGAUGAUAUCAGGAACAGAAGGUAGUUACACCUUUAAUAGUCGCGCCAUUAUGCAUGACUCCUUGUGCGAGAUGAAUUAG